CGACUCUAUCACAGAGUUUAGGAAGAAAAGUGAUGCUGAUGAUGAUUCGAUCGUGAGCUUGAAUUUUGAGAUUGUGUCUGUUAGAGAUGUGGGUGCCUACUUUGAGCACAAGCUCAUGCUCAAGUGAUGAGAAGGAAGAUAACAGUGGAGAGGAGGAGGAGGCCAGGCUUUAUCUCAAUGUCUAUGAUCUAACCCCUGUCAAUAAUUACCUUUAUUGGUUUGGUAUCGGCAUUUUCCAUUCUGGAAUCGAGUCUCAUGGUUUGGAGUAUUGCUAUGGAGCUCACGAGUACCCAACGAGUGGGGUAUAUGAGGUAGAACCUAAGAACUGUCCAGGUUUCAUCUUUAGACGCUCCGUUUUGUUGGGAACUACAACCAUGUCCCGUUCUGAGUUCCGCACAUACAUGGAGAAGCUUUCAAGAAAAUACCAUGGUGACACUUACCACUUGAUUGCCAAGAACUGUAACCAUUUCACCGAAGAAGUAUGCUUCCAGCUUACUGGAAAGCCUAUUCCAGGUUGGAUCAAUCGCCUGGCCCGAGUCGGUUCCUUCUGUAAUUGUCUUUUGCCAGAGAGCAUUCAGCUUACAGCUGUUAGUGCUCCUUCCGAACGCCUUCAAUUUUCUGAUGAGGAUGAAUCAAACUCAGAGGCGUCUUCUGUGUCAGAUGAAGAAGGACCAGAGCAGUAUCUUAUAAAUGUAGCAGACAGAGAGGUUGUGUAUCUACAAAACAAACCAGUGCGACUUACCAGAGAGGAGAUCCAUUGA